AUCAAAAACUCUCUCUCUCUCUCUCUCUCUCUCUCUCUCUCUCUCUCCACCCUUAUCAACAAAGAACUCAUAUUAAACCAAAAGCUACUCAUAUGCUCAAACCCACUCCAAUUCUUCCACACCUAUGGCCUUUCCACUUCUGUUCACACUAAUACUACUCCUCUCCUUACGUACGAGACUCUCUCUAGCCGAUCCAAGAGCCACAGAGGCAGCUCUAAUCUGCACCAACACCAGCGCGGCGCCGUCCGCCCGGCAAGUCUUCGUGGAAAACUUCUUGGCAGCCAUCGACACCUUGACCCCUCAGGUCGCCGACCGAGGCUACGGCGGCGCCGUCAAUGGGUCCGGUAACACGACCGUCUACGCCUUCGGCGAGUGCAUGAAGGACUUGUCGAGAAACGAUUGUGAUCAGUGUUUUGCCCAAAGCAAGACCCAGAUCCUGAGGUGUUUGCCGUUCCAGAGGUUGAUUCGCGGUGGGAGGCUUUUCUACGAUGGGUGUUAUAUCAGGUACGAUGAUUACAUGUUCUUCAAUGAGAGUUUGAGUGCGGUGAAUAGGACUGUUUGUGGGAGAGUUGAUUUUGGUGGGAAUAAGACUUUGUUUGGGGAAAAUGUUGUUGAUUUGGUGAGGAAUUUGAGUGUUGAAGCUCAAAACAAUGAUGGGUUUUUUGUGGGUUCUGUGACUACUGGGAAUUUAUCUGUCUAUGGCUUGGCUCAGUGUUGGGAAUUUGUGAAUGGGAGUGGUUGUGGGGACUGUUUGGCAAAUGCGGUUUCCCGGAUUGGGUCAUGCCUCUCUAUGGAAGAGGGAAGGGUUUUGAAUUCUGGUUGCUAUAUGAGGUAUUCUACAUCUAAGUUCUACAAUAAUUCUUCGACCGAUAACCCGCCAGGAAAAGGAGGUGGCAAUCGCUUAGCUGUUAUUCUGGCCGCAACAUCAGCUGGUGUAGCUUUUCUGCUGAUUGCAGCAACAAUAUCUUUCUUUGCGCGAAAGAAACGUGUGAAGAAGAGGAGAGAAAGGAAGCAAUUGGGUGCUCUGUUGGUCUCUGUUAACAAGUCGAAACUCAAUUUUUCAUACGAAACACUUGAACGCGCCACAAACUACUUUGACAAUUCCAACAAGCUUGGUCAAGGAGGAUCUGGUUCAGUUUACAAAGGGAUUUUGCCCGAUGGACAAGUCGUUGCAGUUAAGAGGCUUUUCUUCAAUACAAGACAAUGGGUGGAUCAUUUCUUCAAUGAAGUCAAUCUGAUAAGCGGAAUCCACCACAAAAAUCUUGUAAAGCUGUUGGGAUGCAGCAUUACAGGCCCCGAAAGCCUUCUUGUUUAUGAAUUCGUUGCAAAUCAAAGCGUUCAUGACCACCUCUUCGUUAAGAAAGAUGUUCAGCAGCCACUAACAUGGGAAGAGAGGUACAAGAUUAUACUGGGUACAGCUGAGGGCCUGGCCUAUCUUCACGAGGAAUCGAACGUGAGAAUCAUACACAGAGAUAUAAAGUUGAGCAAUGUCCUUCUUGACGACGACUUCUCUCCAAAAAUUGCUGAUUUUGGGCUUGCUCGGUUGUUUCCAGAAGAUAAGACCCAUAUCAGCACUGCCAUUGCCGGCACACUAGGUUACAUGGCUCCUGAGUACAUAGUCCGUGGCAAAUUGACCGAAAAGGCAGAUGUAUAUAGCUUUGGUGUUCUUGUGAUGGAAGUUGUCUCUGGGAAGAAGAACAUCUCAUUCUCUCAGAAUGCACACUCUAUCCUACAAAUGGUGUGGAACCUCUACGGAUUGGGAACGCUAUGUGAAGCAGUUGAUCCAUCGCUGCAAGGUAAGUUUGAGGAAGAAGAGGCCCGUAAAUUACUUCAAAUCGGUCUACUUUGCGUACAAGCCUCUGCAGAACUCCGUCCAUCUAUGUCUAUGGUAGUGAAAAUGCUGAAGGAUAACCACGAGAUUCCUCAGCCGACACAGCCACCAUUUCUGACUGCUGCUAGCGCGGAGUCAAGUCAAUGUGCUCAAUCGAGAACCAGUCACUCUCAGCCUGAGUCUAACAACACCCAUUCUUCAGGAAAUAACAUUUCAGAAAGCAUCAUUGAGCCCAGAUAAUACUCUUUUCUUCUUACUUAUUUUGUUUACAGGAUUUUGUUUGGUUGAAUACCCAGAAUACACAUUUAUGAGAAUAUAUUUCCCCGUCUUACCAUUCUUUGAGUUUGUUUUUCUUUAAGGAUUUUUUUUUUUUUUUGUUUGGGGGGGUGUGGUGUAUACGAUAAUUUGUAAGGAUCCGAGUUAAUGUUUUUUUUGUAAAUUACGUGUACAGCUGAUUAAAAUUCUUUGACGGUGAUUAGAAGUUAGGUUCUUCUGUACAGGCAGAUGCAAGAAGCUUUGUGGAUUUUAUAAACCAUUUUUUCUUUG